ACGGAGAGCAGCACUAGAGGAGAGGGGGAGCUCUCUUUUCACUCCAUCAUCUACUUUUUAAAUCCCCAAAACCUUCGCAGCUGUUUCCACUCCGCUAUCUCACACCGGGCAGGCUGCUGCGGGCGGAGGACCUCUCUCGUUUCCUCCUCCUCCUCCUCCUCCUCCGACUGAAAAUCGCAAAACUCAUCACGUCUUCUCUUGCUCGGACCGGGCGGAGGACGGCCGGAGAAGCGCACAUUUAGACAAAACAACAACAACAACUAAGGACGACAACGACGACACAAUCUCACCAAACGUGAGCCCUCCGGCUCCGCUCCGAGCGGCUGUGGAGCAGCGGGUACGCGCACGGAUUCGGUUGCGCGCUCCAGAGCGAAAAGCUGCGGGAGGCGAAUCAAGGUGACGCCGAGAGCAUCAUCUCCACCUGUCUCCAUCCACACGCACACACACACACGCACGCGCGCGCACACGCCGCUCGUCCAGACGACGCCCUCUGCUCGCCACAGAAUGGAUCUCCCACCGGUCAGAGGUUUGUCUGAUGUGCCCUGAGCGUUGGGAUCACCCUGUCCCAGCCCCGGCUACGGCACCAGCCUGGUUCCCGGCCCUGGUGCCCCCGUCCUCCCCCAGCUAUCCAGGAUGGAACCCGCCCACUCCUUUAGCAUGGAGCCAGAUGGGCUGGACUUCCAGCAGGUCCCGGUACUGUCCCUCGAUCAGAUCCGCGCCAUCCGGGCGAGCAACGACUACGUGGAGCGCCCAGUGGCACUGGAGCCGACCUCCCAGUCUGGAUUUUUCCACGCCCACGAGGAGCGCUAUCCCCACGGCUUCUCCCACCACCCGCCGCCCACCCUCCAGCAGGCCCUACCCCGUAGUCAAAGUCAGACCCAACAUGCCCACCUGGUCCACCUGAGCCGCUCAAGCACCGUCAGCUCCUCCAUGUCUCGGACCAGCACCGCCUCCGACCAGCGGCUGCUGGUGGGCCCCACGUCCUCCCACUCUGGCCAGAGCUCGGUGGUGCGCGGCCAGCCCAAAAGCGACCUCAAGCCCGAAGUGUCGCUGGCCAAGGGGCUGGCGGACAUCGAGGCGGAGCUGGGGCUGCACCUCUUCAUCUGUGAGCGGUGCGGUCGCUGUAAAUGUGGCGAGUGUUGCACCCCGCGCCGCCUGCCAUCCUGCUGGGCGUGUGGCCAGCGCUGCCUGUGUUCCGCCGAGAGUGCCAUCGAGUACGGGACCUGCCUGUGUUGCGUGAAGGGCCUCUUCUACCACUGCUCAGCCCAGGACGAUGUGGAUAACUGCGCCGACCGGCCGUGCUCUUGUACGCAACAGCACGCCUGUGCCCGGUGGGGUGCCAUGGGGCUGAUGGCCCUCUGCCUGCCCUGCCUCUGCUGCUACCCCCUCGCCCGGCUGUGUCUCACCCUGUGCCAGCAUGUCCACGACCGCGCCACGCGUCCGGGUUGCAGGUGCAGCAACACCAACACAGUGUGCCGCAAGAUCUCUGCCUCCAACGCCACCCCGGGCCAUCCCCCGCUGAGCAGCAAGACACAGGAGAAGCCCUUAUGACAGGCCCGGAACGGGGA